CGUAUGAGUCAGAACCAAUUACCUUGUGAACCCAAAAACUCAGGUAAUCACUACGUUACUCACACACACUUUGCACAAAGCUGUUUACUGUGGAGAUUUAAGCGGACAUAAUCCUCCAUUUCGAAGACUGCCUGCCCUACCAGAGGAGAGUGUGUUUACUUGAAACCAUGGAAGACCUGUUUAUUGACAGGAUUUAUCUGAAACAAACAACUUUUUGGAGGAUGCUCAUCAACAGUCUUAUUACAUGGAAGUCGGCGGCAUGUUACUACAGUAGCCCUAAACGGACAAAGAGAGCACGUUUCGUCCCUACGUUGUCUCAGACGACGACACAAUGUUUGUCCUGGCAGCUACCAUCGCUUCUCAUUGUGUUUUGAAAUUGAGGUGCUCCCCUCUCCCCCUCACCCCAUCCUGUCCUCUCUGCAUGGUCAUGUUCUGCUGUUGCUACCCCUCCAGCACCUCAGCUCUCCUGUUUGUCCUCCUCAGCCUCACCCCCCUGCUGGCCCUGACUGCCCCUGCACUUCAGCAGAGACCCUCAGUCAGAAGCAGCAGCAUCGAUGAGGCUCUCCACUUGCCAAAAGAGGACUUGGGGGCAGCAGAAGGAGCUGUCUGGACACAUAGGAAUGUGGAUGACCUACUCCAGAAACCCUUGGGAGAGGAACAUGUCUCUGAUAUGGCCUCUGCCAGUGCUCUAGCUUCUGUUCUGCUUGAGGCUCUCGACCACCCAGCCAGAGAGAAAAUGACCACUAAAGUGGAUUCUGAAGAGGGACUCGCAUCAGAGACAAUGAGAAAUCAGGAUGAUCUUGAGCAGAACAGACAAAAUGAGGACGAUACGGAGAAGUCUUCGGAAGCAGCAACACGGGGUGAGGAAAAUUCAGAGUGGCCAAAGGACGAGGGGAAUGAAGAGAAUGUGGCAAACUCGGAUGAAGGUAAAGACGAGCAGUUGUCUAACACAGCAUCUCCCCUUCAGCGCAAAGUCAGAGGCUAUUUCCAAAACAUUGAUCUCGGAUUGCAAGACAACGAGAUACUUCCUCCUCUAAAAGGCUACAAAGCUUAUAACCAGCAGCUGGCCCAGGCCACCAAGAAGCUUAAGUGGCAAGAGGAGAGAACGAGAAACCCAUCUCAGCAGGACAGAAACUUCAUGGAUGAUUUUGAUUUCGUGGAGGAAGAGGAGGAGGAGAUAUUAACUCGCAAGGAAGAGGAGGAACGGGCACGGGCAGAGCAGGAGGAGGUGAGGAGACAGGAGGCAGAGGCACAGGAGGCACGCGAGGAGGAGCAGAGAUUGGCUGACAUCGCCUCUGACAUGCUUCUGGAGUACAUGGGCAGAAAGCCAAAAACACCAUCCUAUAUGAGAGACAUGAAGGAGGCGGCUCUUCUAAACAACGUGGCUGAGGACAAGCGCUCCAACGAGGUGGAGGACAGCGACGACGACGACGAGAUGGAUCCGCAGACGAUCGACAAGCUGAUUGAAAUUUCCAGCAAGCUCCACCUGCCUGCCGAUGAUGUGGUUGAAAUAAUCAGCGACGUUCAGGAGAAAAAGAAAAAACGGAAGGAUUUGCCCACCAAUAACGCCCCACGGUUCCGCCCUCUGGUUCCUCUCAAAGCCAAGCCGAGGCCUCAGGCAUAUCAAUAUCCCAAGUCACCUAAGAAAUCCCCUCAUGCCGUCAAUCCGUACAAGAAAUGGUACAAGGAGAAAAACAAAGCCAAGAUCAGCAAGCAGGACUACUGGUUUAAACCCCAAAAGCAGUUUCUGGCCUAUCCCUCAUUCCCUUACUAUCAAAAGCCAUAUCGAGCCUAUUACCCUGUCUUCUUUCCUCCCCCUAAGCCCCGGUUCUAUACAAAUCCUGCUGUUUCAUUUGAUUACAACUUUGGGGGACCCAUAGGUUACGGCCUCAAACCUCCCAACCGCAGGUACAGAGACAGGCCAAAAGCAAGGGACUGGAAAUACGCACAAGCCCCUCAACGCCCCCAAAGCCCCUACUUACAACCGGACUCUGUCAUAUCUAAUUACAUUCUCCCUCAUCCUCGAACUUACCAGGCUCUACCCAUGCCCAAACCACGUUCUCCACCGAGAGACGGGAGAGCCCCAUCUUACGUGUACCCGCCAGACUAUGUCUACGAUGAGCCACAAUCUCCGCAGGACAGUGAUGAAGAACUGGAGAACUUCAUCGAGAAGAUUUAUUACAACCGCCGAUUGUACUAGUCGGUCGGAGUUCAGGAUAUUCUCAAGCGAUGAAACGUUAAAAGCGAUGAAAGAGUGAGGAGAAUUCUGGGUAAAACACUGAAAGAGGGUUUUGAGUGACAGGGCUUUUGAAAGCAGUUAGGUGUUUCUUCUCCACUCUUGUUUUUUGAUACAUUCCAAAUCAGGAACGGAAGAGACGGUGCUGUUAUAUCAGAACCUCUCUGCGUGCACUCAUUUGGUUUCUCUCGCAGUUUACAUUUUAAUUUGGUGAGAGAAUACACAGGUGAAUUUGUAAGGUUUUAUUCAGGUAUGUUUUUGAUUCUCUUGCAUGUCGAAAAAGAAACUAAAAAACAAACCGAAAAGACAUUGAGCAAAUGAAAUGCUAAAACAACAAACAAACAAGCAAACAAACAAAAAAACAUGUUCGGUGCCAACUGCAAGAGUUUACACAAAGAUUUAUUUUCUUUAGGAAACACUUGAUUAACUGAAAAGUGAAGCUCGGCGAUGAAUUCUUGAUACUACAGGGCACAGUAAUAAUGACACUACUUAAAAACAAGUAAAAGUCAAAUUAUUACAGGCUUUUUAUUCCGAAGGUCUGUUGGAAUGUUUUGAUCAAUGUUCCUAUUGCCUUAAUACUGAUCACUGUUUUAGCUCAUCCAUGUGCAUGCAGGUCUUGCACCACUAAAAAUAAUUCUGUCACGCACGCUGUAAACAAUGCUUGAAACUGAAUCUUCCAUUUUAUUCACAGAAAUGCAAAACGUUGAAUAUCUUCGCUAGGUGGGUGCCCUGUCAAUCUACUUGGUGGAAUUCUGUACACACGUGAUUUCAUGUAAACAUCCUGCCAAAUUUGAAAAUGCCCGUCGCUGUGGAUUACCUCCAACCGAGUACAGGAUCUUUGUCUCGAGAGCCAACAGAACGCUGUAUAAUAAUGUUUGUUCUUAAAAAUAAGUUUUACAGUGUCCGAAGUUUGUGAGGAAUAAUCGGAGGGUGAACAGUUUGCACGUCUAUCUGUAUCUGCAUCUUUAAAAAAAAUCUAAAAAAAAGUCAAAUUUGGGGAGAAAAUCGCCUCUUUGAUGAAACUGUGAUUAUUAAAAAAAGAAAUAAAAACAAACAAACAAAGAGAACUCUACAUUACUAUAGCAAGUGUUUUCAUCAGUAAAACCGUCUUGUGAAAGGAAUUUGUUGUUGUCAACUUCCAGAUUGUAAGUUGUACAGUGUCAAAUAAACAAUUGUGUGUGCAAUGUGUAAAUAACAGCAUGUUGAUUACUAGUUUUUCUAUAUGACAAAAAUAAAAGCAAUUAUUUUAUUAAA